CCUAAAAUUGCAUGAAUUUAGUUAUUAAUCUUUCCAUUGGUGUCUUGAAAUGCAUGCCAUUUGUUUAUUGGACAAAAUAAAAAACUGUUUGUUUUUCAACCAAUACAGUAACAAUAUUUCCCAUUAUUCGAGUUAGUGAGCCAUGGUUUCGAUCUGACACAAAUUUAUUUGUCAAAAUACCGUAAUAAACAUAAUCGUCUUUAUCUCCGUUGUUUCUUAUGUUUCCUCCUGUCUGCCCCGGUUUGUUUUGUGUAUUUUAUCAUAUUUUCUUGUGUAAAUGUAAAAUCGCAUAAUAUUACAACAAUAAACUGUUGGGCUAACAAUAAUCAUAUAAACAUAACGUGCAUAAUCUAAGUAAGGUUAAAUAUAUUAUAUAGAAAAAUAGAACAUAAAAGCAGCUGUACAAAUACACUAGCUACUAGCUUCGUUCAUGCACGUUAAAGAAAUCUGUUAGAAUGUGUACAUCAUAGCUGUAGUAUCUAUGUGCUGAAAGUCAAUGGUCAGCAACCAUAAGGCUGGUGGAUGGUACAAUGAGUGAGGAGUCGCAGUAUGAUGGGAGCAACAAGAGUCCAUCAUUGGCUGCCAGCGAGGCGGGACUGCCCGCUGCAGAGUGUGAUGCACAAGUUGAUGCCUCUGUGCACACUUCACAGACUAAUAUUGCUCAGAUGACAGCAAGCUCGGCCCCUACUGAAGGCAACAAGUGGAAAUGUGAGAUCUGCACAUAUGAGAACUUCCCACUUUCACGCAAGUGUACCAUGUGCCGAGCACAAAAACCGUCUCUCGGUGAGGACAUAUUCAAGCUGCAGGACGGCGCCAGCGCUUUGCCCACACAGGAUGACUGUGGCGCAGAAGCCAUAGCAGAGAGGCUGAAACCUUUGAGGAUAUCAUCUCCGCAGGGACAAGCCGGCGCCUCGGCUGUCACCAAGUGGCCUUGUGCGACAUGUACGUACGAAAACUGGCCUCGCUCGUUGAAGUGUGCGAUGUGCGGCGCGCCCGCGCCCGCGCACCGCCCGCACCCCGCGCACCCCACACACCCCGCGCACCCCGCACACCCCACGACCGCUGUAGGUAUCAACGACAUCUGCAACAGUCAGCCCACGCCGCAACACGACGUUGAAGCCAACGCGCGCCGCUCCAAGCGAAGGAACAACACCGACUGGAUAUGGCUGCAAGCCUGCCUAGGUGUGGUGGAAGGCGACGCGCAUUGUGUGGACGCCUAUCUAUCAUCGGGAGGAGACCCUGCAAGAGCGCUAACGGCAUCUGAAGUGGCCCUGUUGAAUCGCGCCUCAGCCUUUGACCCUGGUCACACCCUCGUUCACCUAGCUAUCAGAUUUCAAAGGCAAGAAAUACUGUCGACAUUGCUGUCUCGAAUAUCGGGCGGUGGCCCCGGACUGAAAAGGUCACCUUCCUACGUAGCUCCGGAUCUCGCGACGGCCAUUCGUCGCCACAUCUCGAGCUGCGUGCGUCACAAAAAGGGUAGCUUUCCCUGCCGGUACAUCAACGAGUUCUGCACGUUUUCCCUGCCUUCAGAAAUCGAGGAGCUCCCGGCGGCGAUACAAGAGCAGCUGUUCACGGAGCUGUUGGACCGCGACGCGCAACAAACGUUGGAGGCGGAUCCACCACUAAUCAAUUGGAGUUUGCAUCUCACUGUUACACUAGGUUCACGUCUGUACGCACUGUGGAACCGCUCCGCAGGCGACUGCUUGAUGGACGCGGUGUGCCAGGCCGCGUACGGAGUGUCCGACCGCACCAACGUGCUGCGCGGCGCGUUGGCCGACGCUCUCCAUCACGCGAACCGCAGUUUCUACGCUCGCUGGACGGCGUGGGAGCGGCUGCAGGCGGCGCAGCUGCACUACCAGCCCGAGGAGACGCAGCUGCGUACGGAGUGGUCGCGACUCGUGGCCGCCGCCGCCAGGCCCGGCACUGCGCUGCACCAGCUACACGUGUUCGCUUUGGCGCACGUGAUGCGGCGGCCGAUCUUCGUGUACGGCGUCGACAUAGUCAACUCCUUCCGCGGGGAGGCGCUCGGCUACGCGAGGUUCCAGGGAAUCUACCUACCUUUGCUGUGGGAUCCAGAGUUCUGUUCCAAGUCGCCUCUGUGCCUCGGCUACACGCGCGGGCACUUCUCCGCGCUCGUGCCCAUAGAGCCUUAUUCGCAUCGACACGCUUACAUCUGUCGGGAGCAACAGGAAGAGAGUGAGGACACGACGUACCUGCCGCUCACGGACUCGGAAGGGAAGCUGUUGCCCGUGCACUUCCUCACCUGCGAUGAGCUAGCAGAGGAGGAAGCCGUGGUGCGUCGCUGGGUGACGUCACACGCCAGUGGUGGCACCUUCGCGGCCGCUCAGCGCCUGCAUGCCAGACCCCUGCUACAGGCCCAGAUGCUAGAAGAGUGGCUCAACCACUAUAGAAGACUUGCGCAACAAACCCGAGGCCCAUUCCCGCCAAGACUGCAUACAGCCGCGGAGUUCUCAUCCGACGCGGAUACAGACGACGAGUAACAUACACACACACACACACACACACACAGACAAUUACAUGCUACAGACACACAUAACACACUCAAGCACACAACACACCACCUGACCCAACUUAUUUUGUGUGAAAUAAAAUCGUAUAUACACUACUAGCGAUCCGCCCCGGCUUCGCACGGGUGCAAUGUUUAAA